CAGACUUGCGGCUGCAGAGUAGGGCACGGAGCUUCGCUACCCGGAGCCCGGCGGCGAGGCGGCGGAGGCGCAGGCGUGUGGGGUCCGGCCGGCGGCCGCGAGGGGGUGGAGAGGCGAGCCGGAGCGCGGGGCGACGGCCGCCCUGCCCACUGAGUCCAGCCACCGCAACGCCUGCAUCCGCGAGCGCGCCCAGGGCAGCGCGCGACCGAGUGCGCGCGGGCGGGGGCGCGCAGGCCCUGCCCGCCCCUUCCGCCCCCACCCCCCUCCACCCCUUCCUCUCGCCACCUUUCUCUCCACUUCUGCGACCCCGCGCCGGGCGCCCACCCUGUCCUCCUGCGGGAGCGCUGUCCGCUGCGGCGGCCGGAGCGGGCCAGGCCGGGGGAUGGCGCUGCUGGACCUGGCCCUGGAGGGAAUGGCCGUCUUCGGGUUCGUCCUCUUCUUGGUGCUGUGGCUGAUGCAUUUCAUGGCCAUCAUCUACACCCGAUUACACCUAAACAAGAAGGCAACAGACAAACAACCGUAUAGCAAGCUCCCAGGGGUGUCUCUUCUGAAACCACUGAAAGGAGUAGAUCCUAACCUAAUCAACAACUUGGAAACAUUCUUUGAAUUGGAUUAUCCCAAGUAUGAAGUACUCCUCUGUGUCCAAGAUCAUGAUGACCCAGCCAUUGAUGUGUGUAAGAAGCUUCUUGGAAAAUAUCCAAAUGUUGAUGCUAGAUUGUUUAUAGGUGGCAAAAAGGUUGGCAUUAAUCCUAAAAUUAACAAUUUAAUGCCAGGAUAUGAAGUUGCAAAGUAUGAUCUUAUAUGGAUUUGUGAUAGUGGAAUAAGAGUGAUUCCAGACACACUCACGGACAUGGUUAACCAAAUGACAGAGAAAGUAGGCCUGGUUCACGGGCUGCCAUAUGUAGCAGACAGACAGGGCUUUGCCGCCACACUAGAACAGGUGUAUUUUGGAACCUCUCAUCCAAGGUCCUAUAUCUCUGCCAAUGUCACUGGUUUCAAAUGUGUGACGGGAAUGUCUUGUUUAAUGAGAAAGGAUGUGUUAGAUCAAGCAGGAGGGCUUAUAGCUUUUGCUCAAUACAUUGCUGAAGAUUACUUUAUGGCGAAAGCAAUAGCUGACCGAGGUUGGAGGUUUGCAAUGUCCACUCAAGUUGCAAUGCAAAACUCUGGCUCGUAUUCAAUUUCUCAGUUUCAAUCCAGAAUGAUCAGGUGGACCAAAUUACGAAUUAACAUGCUUCCUGCAACAAUAAUUUGUGAGCCAAUUUCAGAAUGCUUUGUUGCCAGUUUAAUUAUUGGAUGGGCAGCCCACCAUGUAUUCAGAUGGGAUAUUAUGGUAUUUUUCAUGUGUCAUUGCCUGGCAUGGUUUAUAUUUGACUACAUUCAACUCAGGGGUGUCCAGGGUGGCACACUGUGUUUUUCAAAACUUGAUUAUGCGGUAGCUUGGUUCAUCCGUGAAUCCAUGACAAUAUACAUUUUUUUGUCGGCAUUAUGGGACCCAACAAUAAGCUGGAGAACUGGUCGCUACAGACUACGCUGUGGAGGCACAGCCGAGGAAAUCCUAGAUGUCUAACUACAGCUUUGUGACUGUACAUAAGGAAAAAAAGAGGAUUAUAAAUUAUGUUUAUAUAAAUGCUUUUAAAAAAAUCUACCUUCAGUAGUUUUAUCACAUGUAUGUUUUGGUAUCUGUUCUCUAAUUUAUUUUGCAUGGCACUUGCAUCUGUGAAAAGGAAAGGAAAAAAAAAAAAACACAUCUGUAGUCUUGGCCAAAUGGUUAUACUUUAUUUUGCGGACGUAGAGAAUCAAGAGAAUUGGUUCUAGGAACCUGGGUUCGGUUUUUGUUGUUGUUUGUUUGUUUACUUUUUAAAAAUACAUAAAUAAAUAAAUCUAUAUCUAUAUAUAUAUAUAUAUAUGAACGCUCUGCAACAAACACUAUGACAGUAUCCUUCAGUAGAGAAAGUUUCUUAUAGUGAGUACACUCAUUUAGAAUAUGUAUGGGAUGGCAACAGCUUUGUUCGGGGGGCUUGAAAAGACCAGAAGGUGCCAUCCCUUUUCAUGUCUAAAGUGAAAGGUAUUAAUGCAGUGAACUGCCUGCAGUGAGGUACUAACUGAGAAACUUUUUCAUGCUUUAUGCCUACCUCUUGUAGUCGUUGCAGAGGAAAUAUAAACUGUAAUACGGUAGCUAGGCCUUGCGAAAACAAAUGGAAAAACUUUAAAAAUAAUAAUAACAAAAGAGCUGGAGUCUAGUAUUUAUAUGAAUCUGUGAGAAAUAUUUGUUUGGUCUCACCGCAACGAACCAAAAGUGGUUGAGUUUGGUUUUUAAUUGUAGCCAUGUCUUGAAGGCAUCUUUUUGACCAACUCUUGUUGGUUCUGUCUUGAACCAUUGUUAAUCACUGUGCUGGUAAGUCUUUCCUUCCCUGCUCCUCACCUGACCCAUCCCAUCUUUCCUUAACUUUUUGCAGGGGGUGGGGUGGGGGGGUUUGUUUUAGUGUGAAUGGAUGUUUUGAUAGUUGUGAGGAAAAAUGCACUUCAGACACAUUUCACACAUGAGCUAUUUUCUUACACGGUCUGUCUUAUUGUUAAAAAGAAUGUAAUUUCAUGAUACAGGUAUUUAAUAUCUUUUUUAAGUAAAUAAAUAUUCUAGCCAUCAAUAAAUAAAUUGCAGUAGAGUAUUAACAGGGGACAGGAUGAGUUUUACUCUUAAAAUUAAUCAGUAUCCAACUAAGUCUAUGUGUGUGUGUGUGUGUGUGUGUGUGUUUUGUUUUGUUUUUUAAUUUACUAUUACUGUUAGUCUAGUCUUAUUUAAAUUGGAUUUUUGUAUUCCAGUUUGUACGGCAAAAUAGACUAGAGCAGUUCUGGUUGUAAAUGCAUGCUGUAUUUCACUGUUCUCUCCCCAUCAUGCCACUAAAUUCGCUUGUCAGGUUGUGCUUAAGUUGUGGUGAGCUGGACUUGUUUUUGUUUAAAAGAAAAAAAAGAA